UCGCAGAAUCGAGAAAGCGGUAAAGCGUGCGUUACUUAGAAAAAUCCAAAUUUAAAAGUGCAUAGAGUGAAUUGACUUUUGUGUUUUAGAAUGAGUUCCGAUUUCAAAUCUAUCUAGUCUUUCCAGUUUUCUUUUUUAAUUAUCUUUGCCACUUCGAAGUUUCUAAGAGCCGUGAUGUCAUGAAGUAGGUGAGAGCAAUGUGGGCGGCGGGGUGGCGGAGUCCCGAGGCGGGGUAGCAUGGCCGCGCUGCUGCUGCUCGUCACAGCCGCGGCCGCCGCCAGCCUCGGUGACCUCACAAGACGGGAGACUGGCGACGUCUUUACUCUUAUCGGCGAUGAAUGCGGCGCAGCACAAUGUGCAGAGCAUGGCGCUGGUGCGACGAACUCGUACGACGCAUCCAUUGCCGGCGGCUGUGCGUGCGCAUGUCCUCAACGAGCGCCACUUUUUAGAGAAGAUAGAGAGCUAUGUGUGGAUGAUCUACCAGAAUGUGCCCUUGCAACUUUUGGCACAGGAAAUGCCAUGCAACGCAUCCCUUUUGUGUUUUUGCCACUGAAGGGCCAAAUCAUUCAUCCUUCCCGGGAAAUAACUUUUCAAAAUGUCAAAACUCCAAUAUGUGCUGUAUCGGGUGCUCAGUUUCUCACAACUAAAGGCUUUUUGGAUCUCCGCAAUACUCUGGAUGCUGAUGUACCAUUUAGCCUCUUCAGGGAUGAGGGUCGAACGUUUUUGCAGUGGAGUGGUGAAGAAGAUGUGCGCACGCGCAUGUCUGGUCGAGUGAUGGUCGUGAGACUGUUGUGUCGAGAUGUCUCCACCUCUCCUGCAUCACCGCUUGAUCUUCGAGGUGUAUUCACUCCUUGUGUGGCCUUCAGAGUUCAAGGGACUCCACCCAGACAUGCAACGAAUAUUACUGAAGUGCAAUUCACACCAACAGCUCAUACAUCAGAUACACCACCGUCCACUGGUUUAAGUGCUAGCGAAUAUAUAGCUAUAGGGAUAAGCUCCCUCCUUCUCGGACUUAUCUACGUAGCCUCAGUUUUCCUGUACCUACAUAUAAGGAAGCGACGUAAAGCAUCUACAGAAGAAAACAGUGUGCGAAGAACCAUAGGGCGGAAAAGAGACGGCACCAUAAUAACUGAAAGAGAUAUACUCAGAAUCAACAAUGAACGAGUUCAGAUUUCCAAUGCCAUGGGAGAGGAGGGUGUCGUUAAAAAGAACCCGCUCCUUACAGUUGGAAGGUCCUUUGAUAAAUCCUACCCUAGUGACACUUGUAGCAAUUUAUCCGAUUCUGAAGAUAUGCCUGAUAGUAGUUUGAAGAGCGACGAUAAUGUAUUCAAUAAAAGAACGACAUCUGCAAUCAUUCAUCUACACAAUGAAGAAUCCUCAAAUCCGUUUGAGAACGUGGAAAUAAAUCACCGAGACGAGUCUGGAAUCGAACGUCUCCCAGACGAACACGUUUCUAUAGUAGAAACUAUUGAUGAUAGAGAGAUCGCGCGUCCUGUUGGUACAACGCGACGAAAACUAUACUUCAACCCGGCAUAUUUUGAACCUCAUUUCAUGGCUGAUCCUCCAGCGGCAGCAAUAGAAUUUCUCUCUAAAAUACGCGAAGUUAUAUCCAUAGCUAAACAAAAAAUGGCGGCAAAACGUUUUCACCCCAUUUUAAAUGAAAUACCAGAAGAAGAAACUUAUCCUUCUAAUGCUAACAGCAUCGAUCUUUAUCAUGGACUUGGUAGCCAACGAAGUGGAAGUGUAAUAAGUCUUAAACGAGAUAAUGCCAGGCGUCGAUCCUCCGAUUGUUUAGGGUGCCCUGGGUGUCAAUCUAAUACUAAUAAUGAUAUACAAAAUAUCAAAAAAAACAAAGUUCAAAAUUGUUCGAAUUGCUUAAAUACAAAAGGCGAUAAACAAAGCAGUAUCCGAGAAUGGCUAGAAAACAUACCGAGUGAGAAUGACGAACUAGUCGAAGACUCUGAAACAGACGAUCAAAUACGUAUGCCAAGAUCUUUACAAUGUCUACCUGGGAUAGGAAACCGAAAUAAGGUAAAGAAACAGUAUAGUUUUUCAGAUGGAUUUUCUAUGUUUUCAAACAUAUCGAAAAAGUCUACGUCGCCAUCGGUAAGAUCCGAGCCUACGUCGAGUAAUUGUAACACGAUUAUACCACAAGUGAAUGAUGCAUCGGAUAAUAUAAAUCAAAAGAGUAAGUUAACUGAAUUGUGGUCAAUUACUUCAAGAAGCAACGAUUCUGAUAGACGAAUCAGAAGAAUGACGAAUAACAAUUCUCUACCAGAUAUGGUCAAUGACGCUAUCGCUUUGGAUCAAUUCUCAAAGUCAUACAAUCAUAAUAGUGGUGACGAAGAACGAUUUACAUUAAAUUCACCUAAACAUAUUAUAGAUAAUACUUACUUUAAUACCUCAGAGAGUCCUAUAAUAAAUGACUACGAAACAGAUAGUUUAGAACGCAAUUCUAAUAAGAAAGACGUUACAACAUCAUCUACACCGAUUGAAUUUCAUGAUAUCCCAUCAUCUCAAGCAAGUCCUAGUUUAAGCACUGCGUUACCUUUAGAAGAAGAACUUACAAUGCGAAAUGCGGUAUAUAAAAGAAACUCUAGUAGUGAUAGCAAUACCCCUUCCCCAGAAGUUGAUUUAUGUAUUAACCAAAACCACUACGAAACUGUCCGUGCUAAAAGUCCUCCUCAAAUUGAAAAUAAAGACGAUAUUGAGAUAAAGGUGCCUUCAUAUAGCUUAGUUAGUGAAGUAUAUGUUAAUAACAGUUACAACUUUGGUAGUGCACCUACUUCGCCAAGUGGUUCUGAAUGUUCACUAGGUAGCAGAAAACUAGUAACAAUCCCAGACCUUGACGAAAAGGCGGGGUGUUUAACAAUUGAGGUAAAAGAUUCGCCAGAAAAUUACAUUAAAAUUCACGAAUCUGAUGAUUUUGAACCAGAUACUUUAGACCGUAAACAACAAAAGCAUAAGGAAAUUUUUGAAAAUAUGCACUUCAGUCGCCAGGAUCUUUUGAGAAGUCUUGACAACCAAGGCAAGAAAAAUUGCCAACGAAUUCAACUGCGAAGUAGUGGAACAUUUCUGCAUAAUGGUAAAACAGAGCACACUUCCAAAUUCAAUAGUCUGAGAUGUGGCUAUGACAUAAAGAACGGUCAAGUUCGGCCGAUGAUGUUCCCUAAUAUCUUUAAUAAUUCUUCUACCCACGAGGAAUCUUCGGACAAAAGUUUAGAAGAUUCAGGGGGUUGGACGUCAGAAGAAGGGCGAAUAUUAACUUUAGAACUAAGACAUUCCAAAAGACAGCGUCAAUGUACACCACCCACAAUAAAGCAGAAGCAUUUAGCUCGACCAGAUGUUCUUCCUCCGUUGCCUCCAAUCGAUAAUCCUAUUUAUGAAAAUCCAUCAAGCCCUCCCAGACGAGUUGAAAGUGGUAGAAUUAUUCUCGAUCCGCGGUCAAAAACUGUAUGUGAUAGUCUUAGUCCAAGAAACCAAAAUCCCUCCAUCCAAGAAUCACACGUAUGUACGCGUGAUUUAAUUGACGCACCAUCUUGUAGUCCUAUGAACAGCUCAUUCCAAUCACAAAGCAUAUCGGAAUAUGAUGAUAUGAACCAAAGCAGCACGUCUCACAUCUCAAGACCUAAUGAAUACACUAUAAGUUCAACGAGACGGAAUUCAUUAAGAAGCGGAAUUAAUACAAACACUUUUGUCAAAGACCAGAAGUUCGAAAAACCAAAAGUAAGAAGGAAGAAGGGGUUGAGUAUCGAAGACUCGGGCUAUCUUAGUAGUGAUUCCACGAGCUCUAGACAUUUUCAAAGGAAAUUAGUGAUAGCGAAAAUAGCCAGUUGUAGUGACAGUGAUGACACUGGUAAUGAAGCACGAAGUGAAUCGGGAGCUGAAAGUGUAGAAACACAUUCUGUGUACUUUGGUAGUUUUAGAAACUUACAGCCAAGACCCGAACACAACACCAUUAAAAGUGUUAGAAAUAAACUAAAAGUUAAAAAUUAAUAAGUAUAAGUGAAUUAUAUAAUAUAUAAAAUAAGUGCAAUCGUUUGUGCAAUGAAUUAGUUUAUAUAUGUUAAUUUAGUGUGAAUUACUUGCAAUAUAAUGUGCAAUAUCCGUAACUUGUUAUGCAGUAUAAUAAUGUAGGUAAAACGCGAUGACGACGAAAUGGCCGGUUGUGCAAUGCAAUAAUAGUCUAGUUAGUUUUAAAUGGCAAUACAAAGUAAACAAGCUUGUAAUAAUAUUGUUUCCGCUUGGCGCCUUAGCAUUUAGUGUUAUUUAUGAAUACAUAGAUAUUCUUUUUUAUCUAAGUGCCUAAUUGGACACGUGCUUCAUGUUCGCAUCAAAAAAAUAUAUCAACUUAAUAUAUUUCAAAAUAUCUAUUUUAUUUUAAUAAACUCAGAUGUGUAAAUAACAUGUCCAAUUUUAUUUUCUAUUAUUAGGUAAAAGUUAGGUUGUUCGUAAACGUUUGACGUUUUCUUAUAGUUAUUAGGGUCAAAUUUAUUCUUAGCUUCAUAAAAAUAAUUAGUUAAUAAUGUUGACUUAGUCAAUGAUAUUUUUAUAUUGUAAAUAUCGCAGUUUUAUGAGUCGGGCGGCAGAUUAUAGCUUCCUUGUACCUGACAAUAGUGCUCCAGGGAGACGCACAAAGUGCUCCAGUUCUCUCUGUCAACACAAGAGCACAUUCGUUCGCUACAUGUUGGGAAAGAGCAACGUUUUCUAUGUAUAGAUAAAUAUUUAUGUCUCCUUUUUUUUAAUAUCCAAUUCAUAGCUAUGGUGAUUAAACUACCCUUAGACUCCUAACAAUUAUGGUUUCUCAUUGGUUGCCACAGAGUAUUGAAACUUGCUUUAAGACAAUAUAGAAGUAGAGUGGUUAGUCUUCAAAUUAUUUUCACAAAUUUGCAAAAUUUUUACAAUUGCCAAAACUCAAACCUAGCGAACUGGCGAGCAAAAUAUCUAUAUAUGAUUUGCUCAUGUUGCAGACUUUUUUAAUAGCCGAUACACGAUAAGGACACCUGGAUGUCCGCCUUAUAUAUUUUCUUCGUUGUCUAAAUGGUAUUCAUUAACCCCAGAGUCGGACACGAGAAAAUGAUUUAUGAGCGUAAAAACGCAGCAACGUACGACUUUAAUUCACAAUUAAAAUUUUGUCGUAUUGGUCCGAACUUUUAUUCCUAACUAUACGAAAUACGACCAAAUCAUAAAAUAAAUUGCUCGCCUGCUGAUAUCGCUCGCUUCAAUCAUCUUUUUAUAUUCAUCGAAGAUUGUUUUGUUUAUUAAAAAGAAUUGCCGUGUUCAUUAAGAAUGUUGUAAAUUUUCCAACGUGUAUCAUUAUUAUGGUUUUGGGUAAAUAUUUAAUUAUUAAUAAAUAUAGCUGAUGAAUGGUGCUUAAUGGAUAUCCGGGUAUUUUUAUGUUAAGGAUUUGUGUCUUAUUAUUUAUUGCUAA